AUGGUUUCAGCUUUAUAUGUAUUACAUAUUCCAAUUAAUAAUAAUAAUAAUAACAAUGAUUUUAAUAUUUUAGAUUCUACAAAUUUUCAAUGUUUAAUAAGUAGAAGAUUUCACGAAGAUCAUAUACCUGAAGAUUCAAUUAUACUAAACUCAUUUUAUAAACAAAUCAUAAAUUUAUCAUCAGAUCAAUUAGUUCCAGUACUAGAGAAUGAAAAAUUAUCAUAUAUCUUUAUACGAUGUGAAAAUGAUAUAGUCAUAUUAGCUGUAACAAACAAGAAUAUAAAUGUAAUGCUGGUCAUUAUGUUUUUAAAAAAUUUCCAUUUAAUACUACUACAUUAUUUAUGUAAAACAAGACAAAAAAUACUACAUCAUCAAAAGCAAAAAAAUCUAACAAAAGAAGUAAUACAAGAUAAUUCAAUAUUAAUAUCAGAAUUAAUAGAUGAAUGUUUAGAUUUCGGAAUCUUACAAAUUACUGAUUAUAAAUUACUCGAGGAAUAUAUAAAAGUAGAACCAAAUUUACCCAAAUAUGAUCAAGAAAAUGGGAAUAUUAGUGAUGAUUCAAAUGAAAGUGACGAAGAAGAAGAUCCUGAUGAAAAAAAGAAAACUAAAAAUAAAAAUAAAAAGAAUAAAGCUACUGAAGAUAUAAAAUCAACUCAUAAUCAAGCAGUAAAAACAGAUGUUUUAAAAAACCAAACAGGUGUUGUGAAUAGUUCCAUUUUACGUACAUAUUCAUCAGCUAUAAAUUGGAGACCAAAAGGUAUUUUUUAUGCCAAAAAUGAAAUUUUUAUUGAUAUAAUUGAAGAUUGUGAAUUUAUUUUUGAUUUACAAACAUCAACUAUAAAAAGAAAUGAAAUUUAUGGAACUUGUGUAGUAAAAUCUUAUUUAUCGGGAAUACCCAUCUGCAGAGUUGGAUUUAAUGAAAAUUAUAUGUCAACUAUUGAAAAUGAAGAUGUUAUUGAAGCAACAAGAGUUGAAGAAGAACAAGACGAAUUGCCAGAAAAUCAAAUAAUCGAUAAUGAUAACUUAUUAGAUGAAGAUGAUCUAGAUGAUGCAAUACUGCAAUCAUCACUGCAAAAUUCAUUACUCACAAAUAAACCUCGUCAUAAAAUACCAAUUAGAAAUAUUCAAUUCCACCAAUGUAUUGAAUUAUCCAAAAUUUAUAGAGAAAAUAUUGUUACAUUUAUACCACCGGAUGAUAAAUUUAUACUAAUGACAUAUCAUGUUGAACAACAUAAGAAUAAAAAGAAAUUACCAUUGUUACUAGUCAAACCAGUAUUUAAAAUUGAUAAAAUUAACGGAAGAUUACAAAUUUUGUGCACAUUAAAUACAAAUUUCCCAAGAAGAAGACAUUGUAGAAGUUUAAUUAUUAGAAUUCCAAUUAAUCCAUUUUAUUUUAAUAUAAAUUUAUCAGAUACAAAUUUAAAAUAUAAGACAGAAAAUGGUGAAGUUUCUUUUAAAUUUGAUAGUAUGGAAAUUAUUUGGAAAAUAGAAACUAUUGAUGGUAAAAAAACUGUUAGAAUGAUGUGUGAGUUAUCUUUAUUAGAUAUCAAUGAAAUAUGUAUUGAGAAAAUUUCGAAUUAUAUUUUGAGAAAAGUAAGUAAAAAAAAUUUAUCUCAAAGAGAUAUUAAUGAUGAAGAGGAUAUGAAUGAAAUUGAAAAUAAUGAUACCUUAAAUGAAUUAAAUGAUUUUUAUGGAGUUAAUGGAAAUAAAACUUCAACAUCAAAUAAACAAAUGUUAAAAAAAAUUAAACAAACAUUUAAAAGUGAUGAUAUAGUUUUAACUUUUAAAAUUCCAAUGUUUACAUAUUCAGGUUUAAAAUUAUCAUAUUUGUCGAUUAAAGAAGAACAAUUAGAAUAUUCUUGUUUUCCAUGGAUAAGAUAUCUUACUAAAAGUUCCGAUAAGAUUGGUGAAAUUGAAGAUGAGUUUAUAAAUAGCUCAAAUUGCAUGUAUAGAUUUAAAUUAGGCGUUGAUUGUUUUACUUUUGAUUAA